CCGGAAACAACAUAAACUAUUAGUCCGAGAUGGCCUUCUUCCUAGUGUUGAUGUCCUCGCUUUUGUUCAUGCUCCUCUCUUCCUACGCGUUGCAGCUGCUUACCGACGUCCGGCGCCGCCUUCCACCUGGGCCGACGCCGCUUCCGGUCAUCGGCAAUCUCCUCGACGUCGUAGGCAAGCUCCCGCACCGCUCCCUCGCGCAGCUCGCCGAACGGUACGGCCCGCUGAUGACCCUCCGGCUGGGCACGGUGGUCGUCAUCGUCGCCUCCUCCGCCGCCACGGCCCGGGAAGUCCUCCAGACGCACAACACCGUGCUGACCGGCCGCAACCCGCCGGACGCGUGGAACGGCAUGGGCCACGCCGCCAACUCCGUGUUCGUCCUGCCGCCGCGCCGCAGGUGGCGCGCUCUGCGCAGGAUCGGCGCCGAGCACCUGCUGUCGCCCCGGCGGCUGGACGGGGACGCGCUGCGGCCGCUGCUGCGGGACGCCGUCCUCGGCAUGCUCGGCCGCGUGUCGGAGCUGGCCGCGUCCGGCGCGCCCGUGGAGGUCGGCCACGCGGCCUUCGCGUCCAUGAUGGACCUCCAGUGGCGCGCCAUGUUCUCCGCCGGCCUCGACGAGGCCACGUCCGGCGAGCUGCACGGUUUCGCGCGGGAGGCCGUGGCGCACUCCCUCAGGCCCAACGUCUCGGACUUCUUCCCGGCGCUCGCGGCCGCCGACCUCCAGCGCGUGCGGCGCGGCUUCGCCACACACGUGGCAAGGGUUUACCAGCUCAUCGACCAACAGAUCGAGAAGCGGAGGAACGCCCGGCAAGUCGGCGACGGCGAUGCGCGCACGGACGACCUGCUGGACGUGAUGCUGGACAUGUCGGAGGAGCAAGGAGGCAAGGACGUGGACGACGGCUUGGUUAACCAGGAUUUCAUGAGGGCCUUCUUCACGGACAUAUUUCUUGCGGCGAAUGACACUGUCUCGGGUACAAUUGAGUGGGCAAUGGCAGAGCUACUACAGGACCCACAGUCCAUGACAAAACUACAACAAGAGCUCAAAAGUGUCGUUGGAUCAAAGACGCACGUCGAAUACUCUGACAUCGACCAGCUCCCCUACCUCCAAGCAGUCGUCAAGGAGACGCUUCGUCUACACGCGGUGGUGCCGCUGGUGCCCAACAAGGCCGAGGCCACGGUGAAGAUACAGGGCCACACCGUCCCCAAGGGGAGCACCGUGCUGGUAAACGUGUGGGCGGUCCACCACGACGCCGAGGCGUGGCCGGAGCCGAACAAGUUCAUCCCGGAGAGGUUCCUGCAGCACGAGCAGGAGGUGAGUUUCCAGGGCGCGGCGGACUUCAGGUUCGUCCCGUUCAGCGCCGGGAGGCGCACCUGCCUCGGCCUGCCGAUGGCGACCAGGAUGAUCCACGCCAUGCUCGGCUCGCUGUUGCACUGCUUUGAGUGGACGCUGCCACGCGAGGUGGAGGAAAGUGGUGUGGAUAUGUCGGAGAGGGUUGGGAUCACGAUGGCCAUGGCUACUCCCCUCCAGGCUAUAGCCUGCAGGAGAAUCUGAGGGCUACUUGGCUUUGGGUGUAAUUUGUUGUUUCUUCCGUGGAAUAUAUGUAUGCAUGUCUGGUGUGCAUAUAAACGAAUAAAUGUAGUGGGAAAUAGAUAGUAUAUAAUGUUAUCUACCUCGAUGGAAAUUAGAUGCUUUCUUAAAUUUCGGGGGUGUAAAAAAAAAAUUACUGUUUGUGUAUUGUUCUGCC